AGCGCUGCCCCCCCACGCGCCAGGGAAGACUGAAUCCACUCACGUGGAGCUGCUCCACGCGCACCGUCUCACGCGCUGAAUGACUUUUUAGCCUUUUAAAUCAGGACACGCAACUUCAAGAUUGGAGAGAGCGCGCGCACAUGGCUGCUCUCAUCAGCGCGUACUCGUCGUGGCCCGAGUCCUUCGAGUGCGCGGCGGCGGUGGCGGCGUCGGGGGACGCGGACGCGGCCGACGGGCACGGGCCGCACCGGAACCCGGCGGAGAAAGCACCGGAGCCGCGCAUCAGGCGGCCCAUGAACGCCUUCAUGGUUUGGGCCAAAGACGAGCGCAAACGGCUGGCGGUCCAAAACCCGGACCUGCACAACGCGGAGCUCAGCAAAAUGUUGGGUAAAUCAUGGAAGGCCCUGACUCCCCCUCAGAAGAGGCCCUAUGUGGAGGAAGCGGAGCGGCUUCGGGUGCAGCACAUGCAGGACUACCCCAACUACAAGUACCGUCCUCGCCGGAAGAAACAGCUGAAGCGCAUCUGCAAGCGUGUGGACCCGAGCUUCCUCCUGAGCGGUCUUGCUCCCGAUCAGAACGGCCUGCCUGAGCAGCGAGCCCUCUGCCACCCGCUUGACAAAGAUGACACCAGCCCUAACGGCGUUGGGUUUUCCGGCCCGAGCGCUACUCUGCCAAGCGUCCGAAGUUUCAGAGAUCCCCCAGGUUCCAGCAGCAGCUUUGACACCUACCCGUAUGGGUUGCCCACCCCUCCUGAGAUGUCCCCGCUCGACGCCAUGGACCACGAGCAUGUACCCUCCUCGUAUUACUCGACGUCUGGUGGUUCCCCCUCAGCCUCCUGUCCAGAUGAUCACCAUCAGAAUCAGGCACACAUGGGCACCCCACCACCGUACCACUCUGACUACACUCAGACCCAAAUCCACUGCCGGCAGGCACGCAUCACUCACAUCAGUCACAUGUCCCAAAGUAGCGGUGCUAGUAGUGGCGGUGGACUGAUGCCCAGCUCUCCACUGUCUUACUACAGCACAUCUACCUUUCCCCAAAUCCACCAUGGUUUCCACCAAGGUCACUUGGGUCAACUAUCCCCACCACCUGAAACGCAAGCUCACCUGGAGACUCUAGAUCAGCUGAGCCAGGCUGAGCUUCUGGGUGAGGUGGAUCGAAAUGAGUUCGACCAGUACUUAAUCUCCAACGGGACUGGUUUCCAGCCUGAGCAGGGCAGUAGCAUGACUGCUACUGGACACAUCCAGGUGGCAUCAGCUGCCUCUGCUUGUCCUAGUAGCACCACGGAAACCAGCCUCAUUUCCGUGCUCGCGGACGCAACAGCGGCCUAUUACAACAACUACGGCAUCUCGUAAACUUUGACAUAACAUCCGUGACUGAUCGCGAACACUACAAAGUGGGUGAAGAUGACACGAUGAUGCGGAAAGGGUCGUUUUUCUCUUCAUAUGCAUUGUCAUUAGUGAAGAACCCAUCAUAACCCCAAAGUGGCAUCCACGGUCAACUUCAUCUAGAAUUCUAAUAACUGUCUGGAACUGAAAGAAGGAACAACUGGAGGAAUUGUAAGAAAAAAAAAAGAUGGACACCUCAGGGAUGCAGACACCUCCAGUUGUCAUGAAAACCACAAUACCACUCGUAAAGACUCAUCUCGUCCGCUUGUAAAUGCCACCGUCGCUGUUGCCGCGAGGCAUGUACAGAUGCUCUGUAGAAGUUAAUUCAAGUCCUUCGAUGUUUUGCAUAAAUGCUAACUGUAAUGCUAUUAUUGGCGCUUUCCAUAUGAAUGUUUGAAUUAUAUAUAUACAAAUAUGUUCUUGCUCUCAUCUGUUUGGGCAGCCCAAUCUCACGUCAUUUCGUGAUGGUAUCACGAAAAGUAAAUUAAUCUAUGGUUCGUGAUACCGUCACAAAAAGAGCCACAUUUUUGUAAUGGGAGAAGGAAAUGCGGGGUGAUGGGGGGGCGGAAGGUUGAGGGUUAGGUUAGGGUUAGAAAUAGUAAAGUACAAAAAAAAAAACCCAGCAUCAUGAAAAUGUGACUCAUUUUGUGGCGGGAGCACGAACAAAAGGCGUGAGACUGAGGCUGGUUUGGGAGUCUUACCUCAGUAGUUGUAAAUGAAUGAGGUUUAGUUGGACAUUUCUUAUGCAAUUUGAAAUGGUGUAUAAUGAAGAAAAAGACAUUUAUACUUCUCAAGUACUUAAUAAUAUAUAAUCAAAACAUGAUGAAAAUAAUAUUGACUAUUAUUGUAUGCUGAUUUGUGAAAGACACUAAUUUAAAAUAAAGUCUUUUUUAUAGUAUCAAUGCAUAAUGCUCCUGCAAAUGACAGAGGAUUGUCUUCCUUAUGAUUUCAUCGCAAUUGCUGCAAGGGCAGAUAAUUCCUAUAAACACAAAAGCCUGAUAUACACGCUAAUCCGAUCCAUAUAUAAAGACAAAAAGGAGGAGGGUUACUUUUUAAACACUGACAUUUUUCAUAUCCAAAUAAAAAGGUAAUAAUGGU